AUGAACAACAUUGAAGUUAGGAAAUGUCGGAGAUGUAAAAAGCAGAGACUGGAUGAUGAACCAGUCGAAGCUAGACAAUUCAAAACGUGCCCAAGCUGCCGUCUCCAUGAGAGUCAGAGAAAUAAAGAAACCCGAAAACAAAUCAGAGAGAGGCUUCAUAGUGGACUUAGGUUAUGUACCAGAUGUGGGAAGGAUAGACCAGAUGAUGAAGCAGAGGAAACCAGAAAGUUCAAAAAUUGCUUGACAUGUCGUCUCUAUCAACAUCAACGAGAGAAAGAAAUCCAAAGGCAAAUCAGAGAGGGCUUUGGUAGUGGUGUUAGGCUGUGCACCAGGUGUAGAAAGUCUAGACCCGAUGAUGAAGCAGAGGAAACUAGAAAGUUCAAACAGUGCUCGAGCUGCCGUGUCCAAGAUAGCCAGCGUGGGAAAAGGCGCAAUAGAAAGAUUCAGGAGAGGUUCAAUCGCGGACUUCGGAUAUGUACCGGAUGUGGAAAAGAUAGACCAUACGAUGAACCAGAGGCCAGUCGAAAGUUCAAGUGUUGCUCGACAUGUCGUCUCAGACGUCAACGAUAUAAAGAGACGAGAAAGAAGACUCUAAAUCGCGUCGCUUUAGCUUGUCCCACAGCAGUUGAAUUACCCAGUGUUGAUAAGCAAUUGAGUAUAGAGUUAGGUGGUCAAGAUGCGACCUCCGGUAGCCCUCCGGUUCAGUCACCAGGCAGGAUUGCACAUAAUCAAAAAUUUACCAUACACUCUCCAGGCACCGAUAAUGAACAAACGUGCCCGCGUUCUCUUGAAGCAGGGGAGAUUGCUCUCCAACAAGAGAUAGAAGAUAUUCAACCACAGUACGCGACGCUCGAAAGGAAUCUAAUUACAAGAGCUCUGAGAGAACCAAACAAUUUAUCGGCUUACCACUGUAUACAACUGGAAGUAGAAACCAUUUCAAGCGGUAAGGCUGAAGAUAGCGAGAUCUCCGAGGAAACUGAGAUGAUUAAUCCCUCUUCUUCAGAUUUCCUUGAAACAUUGAAGCCAGAUCCUGAAUUACAAUCCGAAUAUCGAAAGUAUUUAGCCAACGAUGAUCUCAUGGGUUUUCUGGAGCGUUAUAUUUCCGAUACGAUGGACAAGUAUGAUAUUUGUAGAAUGAUCGUCGCAUUAGGUUAUCCUAAAGAAAGUAUAAAGGAUUAUAUACAUCUCACGGUGACUGAGACUCUUGAAGUUUUAAUUGAUUUGAUUCGCGAAGACUUUUUCCAAGAGUCUGAUGUAUGA